AUGCGUCAAUCUUUGCGGGCAUCUGCCACAGCCGCUCUUGUAGCAGGAGCCAGUGCUUCGAACUCAAUUCUUGCAACCCUUUGCACAGUUUCGAACCUUCAAGCGGCUCUUCCUACCAAUGGAACUUUGAGAGGCAUCGAUCUUAUCCCAUCUUCUGUCACAGCGAAUGCAAUCUACAAUGGCACUCUUUCUAUGGGUAUGGGCUCGACAGCCGACAGCACUGCUUACGACUAUUGUAACAUCACUGUCAGCUAUUUUCAUUAG